CUUGAUACACAUCGCCGUACCCCGCGACCAGCUGGUUAGCCCAGCCUCCUAUGAGGGCUCCUGUUCUCAGUCCAUCACCGUCACGCGCAGCAUAAUGUCUGCGCACCGAGUCAUCCAAGACUCAGACGAGUCCGACGAUGAGCUCGCGGAUCCUACAACCUUUGAUUUGUUCCAAGAACCGCGACAAUGCGCAGACGCGUCGGUCAUGAAUCACGACGGGAACACCAGUCCGCGUCUUCCUGGUCAAACGCCCUCAUAUCCAAUCGUGAAAGAGGGCAGUAGCUUAGGGCCCGAUUUAAUGGUGAAUCACAAACAGGCUUUCAUUCAUCCUGGCCAAGUGGACUUGGAUGUGAACUCUCGGAGCAAUUGUGAGCUGGACGAUCGAGACAGGGAACAAGUAGAUGAUUGUGGAGAGAACCUUCAAGUUGCGCAUGAAGACUAUUCCCCUGGAUGUCCUGAUGGGACGACGGACAAUCGCAUGCCCUCUUCAGGAGGAAGCAUAAAGAGAGGCAGGACAAUUGGGGUAUUGGAAGAAAUACAAGACUUAAGCGAUCCUGAAAAUAGGAAAGCCAAGCGGAGAAAGUCUUCGACGGCCGUUGACAGCCAUGAUUACCACAACGGGGGUCCUAGACACCAUCGCCGCCUUACAGACUGUUCAACCCACGAUGAUGGUCGUUUUCAUACGGAACUCAUUCCCACCCAUUCUGUCUCCUCUACUCCAAACAACGAGAUGUUGCAGCAUAAUAUUACAAUGGACCCUGUUCAGGAAUCCGUUUGUGACACAACUCCUCUCGACUAUGGCAUAGGUAACCCAAUAAAACCACCUACCAUAUGUGCCCAGUCUCCUAAAAACAUUCCGGGCCGCUCCAAAUCCGUCCCUAUUCCCACCGAUUCUCCCCAUGACACUGAGCCGAUGUCAUCAACGACUUUGUCACGGGCUCGCCGAACUAUGACGAACUGCGAAGCGCAACUACCCACGUCACCUGCAAAUAGCAUUGAUGAGCUGUCGUUGCCUAUUUCUGUUCAAAUCGCUGUGGAUAGGUCCCGUCUACACAGUUUAAGGCCCCAGCCUCGAUCCGAAGACGAUGUAGCGAGUGAGCGAGACGAGCUAGGUUCCGAUGAUUUUGGAGGCAUGCCAAUGGAAAUGUAUAAGCCAAGACCCUCCAGAUCACGCUCCAAAAAGACCAUCGAAGAUGAGCUUGGCAUGUCUCAUAUCACUCACGAAGUAAUGAUGAGCUCACAUGGUGAAUGGUCUGGAGAGUGUCCGCAUAGUCUAUCCAAAAUCGUUGAACAAAGCACCGAAGAGAAUCGAGAGUGUCUAGAACAAGGAGACCCUCAAUGUUUGACUAUUGCCAUGAACACAAGUACGGCGGGACAUCCAGCCACUACAGAGGUUCAAUUCUCGAUACAGCCGAAUGCACCUAUGCCCAUGGAAGGUUCAAAACCCGAGCGCAAGACAUCUAAGAAAAAGAAGCUGAAAAGAGGAAAGACUACAUCUGCUAUAGUCAAAAAGGUAUCUGACCAUGAUGUAGAAGAUGAUGUCAUUUGGGUAGAUGAGAGGCCUCUUGCCUCCUUGCCGGAGGAAAAGUCGUACCUCGACCCGUCGAACAAAGGGAAGGAUAAACCUGAAGACGCUAUUCGGACCAAGGACAACUGCACAGAAAUUCCAGCCGAGUCCUCAACGACCCAGAAUUCCGAAGCGAAUCAUAGCCAAACACCCGUCCCCGCCCCUAAAAAGCGAGGUAGAAAGCCGAAGAAAACCCCCGAUGGUAACAUUGCCAUCGAAGUGCCAAAUCUUAAAACCUGCUCUCGUGAAGAGGCAAACCAAGAUGAAGUGUGUAUCGACGGUCUCGUCCCAGAGCAGCCCGCUCUUCACGACACCGACCCUCCCAAAAUGCAACCCCAACUCAGCCCACCACCUAUGCUCGACAAGCCCAUCGAUGGCGAAGAUAUAAAUAUAGCCUCAAAAGAGCCAGACCUCCAUCCCGAUCCCCCAGCUUUCCGGGAGAACCCCAACGUCGACAACAAACCCGAACAACAGCCAUCAGCUACGCCAAAGAAGCCCGUCGAAAGGGGCCCAGACAAACAUAGCCCCAUUGCAGUAAACAAAAAGGUGCCCUAUCGUGUGGGUCUAAGUCGCAAAGCGAGAAUCGCGCCGCUCCUAAAAGUUAUUCGCAAAUAACCCUCCGCUAUGCUUCUAAACUAUGCGAAAUGAUCACCAACCGACGCCAAAUUAUAUGUCGUAUUUUAUGAUGAAAUGCCUUGUUAUAUGAUUGUUACGAUGUAUUAUUACCAAGCUAUAUACCCGCAAACGCACAGCUGUCAUGUUUCAUUCAAUUCACCGCCUACCCAAUGAUCCUCUUAUCCCUGACUAUGCCAUGGAGAUAUUUUAAUGCACUUCCCAACCUUUGUAUUAUAUUUAGUCCCACCUACAUCAAUGAUUCUCGGUUCGCGCUUCCCGCAGCUGCUGUUAUCAUAUACUGAUGUAUGCAUCGUAGCGAGUGUCGACGCCAUUGCGAUAGAAU